AUGUCAAAGAAGGAGAGAGGCCCAUCGAAACAACAAUUAUCGAAUUUAUCAUAUGUAGCUGUGAAACCUAAAUUCUUACAAAAUUUCGGUAAACCACCGUCCCCUCCUCCUCCCUCUUCUGCUUCUUCUUCUUCGCGAUUUCAAGUAGAUCCGAGGAACGACGGUAGAGAAGCUAUACCUUCCAGACCCAAGGAAGGUCGAUGGGCAGGAGGAAGUGACGACGAGGGCGACAAUGAUCCGCGACUUAAAAACGGCGGAAAGGGGGGAGGAGAGGGAGGAGAGGAAGAAAGUGAUGAUGAAUGGGGAGAAACUUUCGGUGGAGGCGGCGAGGAAGGUCCCCAAAUAGUCGUAUUGAAACAAGGUAGACAUCUCAGUAAAGAUGAAGUAAAUAAACUAAGAAGAAAAGCAAGAGGCGAACCAUCUCUUUCACCCCAGCCUGAAACAGAUUCACAAUCCACAUCAAAGUCAAAUGUAAAUUCUACAUCCUCACAAAGUAAAUCCAAGAGCGCCAUAAUACCAAAAUCAAAUAGCAAUACCAAUAAAAGGAAACUGGUAGGUAGUACCGUUGAGGACGGACAAAAGGAAGAUGGAAAGAGAGACGGCGAGAAAAAGAAAAAGAAGAAAGCGAAGAAAGGAAUGCUUAGUUUCGAUGAAGCUGAAGGCGAGGAAUGA